GAACUAACAACAUGGAAAGAAACGUGAAUAUCGUCAAAAAGAGUAAAGAGGAGAAGAAAGUGUUAAGGAAACAGCUCAAAGCCAGUCACACCUUAUUAAAGCAUGAAGGCUUCAGCAUAGCACCGCAGCCUACCAAGAGUCUGGUGGUGACAAAUGGUGGGCUGGGAAAUGGUGUCAGUCGUGAGGAUCUCUCUACAGCCCUGAAAGCGACUGGAGAGCUGGAGAGCUUGGUUAUGCCGCCCCACAAGCCGUACGCUUUUGUCACAUACAGAGCUGAAGACGAUGCUCGGAAAGCUCACACCCUGCUGAAUGGGCAAAAGUUGCAGUGUGGAGAGAGCAGCGUCACGCUCUACCUCAGUUAUGUCGACUCAAUAAAGCAUCAGGAAGAAGCGUUGGUGUCAUUGCCAGAAGGAUUAGCGUUGGUGGAGGAUUUUGUGUCUCCAGAGGAAGAGGCUCAGCUGCUGGCUGCCGUCGACUGGUCGUCCACUGAGGGAGAUCUGGCAGCUCAAAAAGCGUUGAAGCACAGAAGAGUCAAACAUUACGGUUUUGAAUUUCGCUACGACAACAACAACGUGGACAAGAACAAGCCGUUACCUGCAGGUCUUCCUGAUGAAUGUUUGCCUGUUUUGGAGCGAUGUUUAAAGAAUGGACACAUCAACGUCAUGCCAGAUCAGCUGACUGUGAACCAGUAUGAGUCGGGUCAAGUGACCGUGAUGAAUUAUCCAAAACAGGCUGUGAUGGAGUUCCGUCACCCGGAUGGUCGUGUUGUUGCUGUGACGUUGCCGGGCCGCAGCCUGCUGCUGAUGAAAGGAGAGAGCAGAUACCUCUGGACGCACGGGAUUACUCCUCGAAAGUUUGACUUGGUGCCAGCAUGUACGCCACAGUCUCAUACUCCUCCUGACGUCGGGACCCAAAGCGGUCUCACUCUGAGCAAGAGGGCCACCCGCAUUUCUUUCACUUUCCGCAAGAUCAGACAUGAACCGUGUCGCUGUGCCUUCCCCUCUGCCUGUGACAGUCAGAGGACAGCCUCAACCUCUCUGCCGUCUCCUCCACCUCUUCCCUGUUGCCAUGCCGACGCAGCCCGUUUGGAGGAGGAAUACGUGCACCGGGUGUACGACGCCAUCGCCUCCCACUUCAGCAGCACUCGCCACACUCCCUGGCCUCGUGUUUGCCACUUCCUGUCCUCACUCGCACCCAGCAGCGUGCUAGCUGAUGUAGGCUGUGGAAACGGGAAGUACCUGGGCGUGAACCCACAGCUGGUCACAGUGGGAUGCGAUCGCAGCAGCGCUCUCGUCCAGAUCUGUGCAGAGAGGGGUUUCCAUGCGUUUGUAUCAGACGCUCUCAGCGUCCCCCUUCGAACAGCCUCCUGCGAUGCCUGCAUCUCUGUUGCUGUCAUACAUCAUUUUUCCACGCAGGAGCGUCGGCUGGCAGCAGUGAGGGAGCUCGUAAGACUCCUGAAGCCUGGAGGUCAGGGGCUCGUCUACGUUUGGGCUUUUGAACAAGAGUACAACAAGCAGAAGUCCAAAUACCUCAAAGACAACAAGGAGAGCAGAGACCACAGCAUCAUGAAGGACUCAGAGGAGAGCCAUGAACCUCCACCGAGCGGCCACACCCACAGCUACUGUCCUGCUGAAAACUUGCAACAUGCUAGCGGAGUCACUGAAAGCAAGCUUGGCGUUCAUACCAACCGCACAGCCUUUAAUUCACAGGAUCUUUUGGUUCCCUGGCACCUGAAAGGAGGGAAGACACGAGUAGAACAGGAACCAUCCUUUGGGUUAAGCUCCAGACCCGACACCCAUCCAGGUUUGGAUUCAAGCGUACUGUCUGGGUCGAGACCGCACAGCUCAGACUCUGAGCAAAGCGCUGACGCUGGUCAGACCUCUGGUGGUAGCUCAGCACCCGUCUUCCAUCGCUACUAUCACGUGUUCGAGCAGGGAGAGCUGGAGCAGCUGUGUGCUCAGGUGGCUGGAGUCCAAGUGAAGACCAGCUAUCAUGACCAGGGAAACUGGUGUGUUGUGUUAGAGAAGGAGUGACGUUUUAAAUUAUUUUAAUGCUAAAAUGUAAAAAACAAUGA